CCCUGGUUUUCUUUUCAUCAGAGUUUCAAGGAAAAUUUGUACCUUUCUGAAAUUGACUUAGGCUCAAUGUAUUCAGAUAUGAUCGCAAAUGAAAGUUGUGGACUUCCUAAAGAUCAAAGUUCACAUUUGGCAGGACUUAAUGAUGAACAACCUCUGUUUUCUGGUGACUCUACCCAAUGUCUCCAGGCAUCUAGCACUGGUGAUCAGAAUCAGAAUGGACUUCACAAGCCGCCUAGAAAUUCAGCACCACAGGGUGAUGUUUGCAGUCACCUCUCCUCUCACCUUGCUACCUCAGGUGGACAAGAAGGCAUUACCUUUACCAAAGAGAGCAAGCCUUCAGGAAAUAGAUAUUUGGGGUCUGAAACAAACAGGCAUGCUGCAACAGCAUCUAAUAGUUGUGCUGGUAUCAAAAGACUUUCUAAUCAUGUACAUCAAGUCACAUCAGUUACUAUUUCUAAUCAUAACCAUGGAGUUUCUACAUCACCAAAUUUAAUAAUUGCAGACAAUCCUCAGCUCUCUGCCUUGAUAAUGGGAGAAACCAGUGACAAUAUGGGUGGUGGUACCUGUGACAAAGUCAAUAAUACUUCUCCAAGUGUUCAUACAAAGACUCAUAACUCUGUUGCCUCUUCACCUUCUUCAGCCAUUUCCAUAGCAACACCUUCUCCAAAGUCCACUGAGCAGACAAACAUACAGAAUGUUGCCAGCCUUAAGAAUACUCUCAGUGGGUUGCAUGCAAUUAAUGGAGAAGGGCUGGAGAAUUCACAGAGCUCUACAAAAAUAGACUUGCCUGUAUUUAGCCACAAGGCUAGUCCUCAGCUCAUACCAUCAAUGUCUGUGUGCAUAUAUUCUGGUUCACCAGAAGUUCUGAAGGCAUGCAGGAAUUUAGGUCAAAAUGGCUUGACUAAUAGUCACAUUUUGUUGGAUAAAUGUCCACCUCCAAGACCUCCAGCUUCACCAUACCCUCCCUUGCCAAAGGAGAAGUUGAAUCCACCUACACCUAGUAUUUAUUUGGAAAAUAAACGUGAUGCUUUCUUUCCUCCACUGCAUCAAUUUUGUACAAAUCCAAAAAAUCCUGUUACAGUAAUACGUGGCCUUGCUGGAGCUCUUAAAUUAGAUCUUGGACUUUUCUCUACCAAAACUUUGGUAGAAGCUAACAAUGAACAUAUGGUAGAAGUAAGGACACAGUUGUUGCAACCUGCAGAUGAAAACUGGGAUCCCACUGGAACAAAGAAAAUCUGGCGUUAUGAAAGUAAUAGAUCUCUUACCACAAUUGCUAAAUAUGCCCAAUACCAGGCCUCCUCCUUUCAGGAAUCACUGAGAGAAGAAAAUGAGAGAAAAACACAACUAAAAGAAUAUUCAGAUAAUGAAUCCACCUCUUCGGAUAAUUCUGGAAAGAAAAAGAAAGCACCUUUUAAAACUAUAAAAUUUGGGACCAACAUUGACCUCUCUGAUAACAAAAAAUGGAAGUUGCAGUUACAUGAGCUCACUAAACUUCCUGCUUUUGUGCGUGUUGUGUCAGCAGGAAACCUUCUAAGCCAUGUUGGCCAUUCCAUAUUGGGCAUGAAUACAGUUCAACUAUAUAUGAAAGUUCCAGGGAGUAGAACACCAGGUCACCAAGAGAAGAACAACUUCUGUUCUGUAAACAUUAAUAUUGGUCCAGGUGAUUGUGAAUGGUUUGUUGUACCAGAAGAUUACUGGGGUGUGCUGAACGACUUCUGUGAAAAAAAUAAUUUGAAUUUCCUAAUGAGUUCUUGGUGGCCCAACCUUGAAGAUCUUUAUGAAGCAAAUGUUCCCGUGUAUAGGUUCAUUCAACGACCCGGAGAUUUGGUGUGGAUAAAUGCAGGCACUGUACAUUGGGUUCAGGCUGUUGGGUGGUGCAACAACAUUGCAUGGAAUGUUGGUCCACUUACAGCCUGCCAGUAUAAGUUGGCAGUGGAACGAUAUGAAUGGAAUAGAUUGCAAAGUGUGAAGUCAGUAGUACCCAUGAUUCAUCUUUCCUGGAAUAUGGCACGAAAUAUCAAAAUCUCUGAUCCAAAACUUUUUGAAAUGAUUAAAUACUGUCUUCUGAAAAUUCUAAAGCAUUGUCAGACAUUGAGAGAAGCUGUUAUAGCAGCAGGAAAAGAUGUUAUAUGGCAUGGACGAACAAACAGUGAACCUGCUCAUUACUGUAGUAUCUGUGAGGUGGAGGUAUUUAAUCUUCUUUUUGUCACUAAUGAAAGCAGUUCUCAAAAGACAUACAUAGUAUAUUGCCAGGACUGUGCACAAAAAACAAGUGAAAAUUUGGAAAAUUUUGUGGUGCUAGAACAAUACAAAAUGGAUGACCUGAUGCAAGUCUAUGACCAGUUUACAUUAGCUCCUUCACCAUCAUCUUCCUCUUCUUAAUACUGUUCCAUGAACCUUUCUGCUCUUCAGGAAAUAUCUGUACAACUGAUUUUGUAGCUAUUUCAUAAAACUGCUGGCACAAUACUAUGCCUAUGCAAACUUCCAAGAAGAGAGAGAAGAUCAGGUAACUGGACAGAGAGAGCAUUUCCUCUAUUCUAGUGUUUAAAAAGCUCACCUGGCUGUGUUGUAGAAAAAAUAAUAAUUAUGUUAUUAUUAUAAUAUUAUGUUUUGUGUACACCUGACAAAUGUCAUUGUUUGCAUAGACUCCUGACUUAAAGAUAGUCCUUUUUUUUAUGUUUCUGAAUUUACAGGCCAGUGGAUUAAUUUUCAUCUGUAUUUUACCUUGUAGAGUUGUCUUGGGAAAAGGUACUGCCUAACUGGUCAUUUCUUUGUAAGAAUAGAUUUCAGUCUUUAAAAAUUUUUUUUUCCUGACCAAGUUUUAUUUGAAAGAUGAGGUAAGACAGUUUUUCACUCAUGUUUUUCUGUAUUGUUCUGAGGCCAUGAUAAUUAUGCUUUUGUGGUUCUAAAAUAAAAUGAAUAAAAAGAAUAGCCA